AUGCCCCAGGCAAUCUAUUUAUAGGGGUGAAAAUUGAAGAAGCUCUCGCCACAGAAUGCUGGGAAUGGAAGAAUUGGGUCAACGGGAGUACUGUGGUGAGGGUGGGAAGGAGGAGACCAAAUGGAUAAAGCAUUACAGUAGCUCUCAUAGGAUACUUCUUGUGGGGGAGGGCAAUUUCUCAUUUGCAGCUUCCCUUGCCAACGCUUUUGGCUCUGCUUCCAACAUUAUCGCUACUUCUCUCGACCCCAAAGAUGAGGUACUGCGGAAGCAUCCAAGCGCGAGAGGCAACCUGGAAAGACUGGAGAGCCUGGAAUGUACCAUUAUUCAUGGAGUGGAUGCCCACACCAUGAGCCUUCACCCCGCCCUCUCCCAUCUCUCCUUCCACAGAAUUGUGUUUAACUUCCCCCACGCUGGCUUUCUACUCCCAGAAUACCAUCAUAUCCAAAUUCGGCUUCACCAGAAGCUAGUGAAGGGGUUCUUCGGGAGUGCAGGGGAGAUGCUGGCUGAGGGCGGAGAAGUGCACGUGACCCACAAGACGGCUCACCCAUUCAGCGAGUGGGAGAUAGAGGAGGUGGCAGGGGAGUGUGGGCUGAGCCUGGUUGAGAGGGUGGAGUUCUGUAUAUGGGAUUACCCAGGUUACAAGAACAGAAGAGGAGCUUCUCCUCGCAGCGACAGGACAUUUCCCGUUGGCGAAUGCUCUACUUUUAAGUUUUCCAAAAACAUCUCACCGCUCUUUACUUAACUAAGCUCCCCAACCUGACCAUCAUUUCUCCUUCCUCUUUCUCUGUCAAGCCCUCAGUAUUGAAAAUUUGGAACAUAAUUUGACACGAGUUUAGAAGGGGAGAAACUGUAGUAGUAGUAGUAGUAGUAGUAGUAAUACUCGUAGUGAUGAUGAUAGAUUGAGGAGGAAAGAGAUCUUAAACUUCUUGUCUUUGGCCUACAGUAUUGGAAUGCAAAGGUUAUUUUAUUACAAUGAGCAGGCGUGUGAGUGAUGACAAAAUUGGCAUCACAUUUU